GAGCCAGCUUUGGUGAAGAUCUCCGAGGAGCUGGCGGGCAUUUUAGCACAGCACGCGCAGCCAGUCAAUGAGAAACGGUUCCCAACGUGGAGGAAAUUCCUCCAAACAUUUCUCAGUCAAGGGGGCAUGAUCGAAGCGUUCCCACCUGCAGACAGUAUCACCAAUCUGACGGUGGACAUGUUGAUAGAGCCCAACGGAGAAAUCAAGGUGCUGUCAACAGGGGACCAGUUUCAUGCCGAAGGCCCCUUCAUCUCAUCCGGUACCACCAUGCCUCAGACCUCAGUGGAUCCCCAAGUUCUCAAUUCUUUGUGCCUCCAGAUUGGAAAUGCCUGCAAAAUGAGAAAUGUGGUUGGUUACUUUUCUAUAGAUCUGGUGACUUUUAUUGAUCCAAACACCUUGGAACAGCAGGCACAGGCAACCAGUCGCUAUGCAGUGAUGACCACCCAGCUGAGGCACAACAAUCUCUCUCUGGUUUUCCACUACGUUUUUCUCCAGUUAUGUAAGGCCCAUGGCAUCGGCUAUGACCUUGAGGACAGACAAGGAACUAUUUUUAUAUUAUAUGAGCACCUGAAGAGAGACAAGUUGGGAAUGCUAACAAUCGGUGAGGAUCUCCAGGGGGUCCUCAUGACCUUUGCUCGCAAUCUCUUCAUCAUCCAUCAAGAAAUAUCAGCACCUAAUAUGCAAGGCGAGACCAAUUUUAAG